CCAAAUAUUGUUCUGUCAGUUCCCAUCCUGUGAGGACCUCACUGAGUGGAUAAAGGUGGUCCUCAACGUGACGUCACCAUCCACCGAGUUAACAAACCUGGACACUAAGUCUCUCCUCGCCAUGGUGACGAAAGAAAACAUUGAAAUAUGCGCCGAUAAGAAGAGGCGUGAGGUUACUCGGAUGGAGAAGAUGCUGGCAAACAAAAAGAAGAAAGAGGCUCAAGAAAGAAGGCAGCUUGAAAAACGGAUUGUCAGUGAACGGCUGAAGAUACAGGGCUUAAUGAGCCAGUUAUCUGACCUGAAAUCUGAACUCGCACAGCAAAAGGAAGCCUCUAAAGCUCUGGAAAUGCAGAUCCAAAACAAAGAAGCACCAGAAAUCAAAGAAGAAGAAGCAGACACCUCGGAGGAACUACAAGCCACUAAACGUCGAAGAAAGAGAACACCCCAGGCUGGUAUAUCUACUGAAAAGAUGCAAGCCUCAAAAAAGCAGAGUAAAUCCACAAGGAGCAAGCCCACAGACAGUAAAACAGACAGUCAGACAAGUGUGAAAGAUGAUCAUGCUGAUAAGAUAACAAGUGAAACUCAACAAGUGAAGACAAAACAGCUGACAAAGUCGGUUAAAGAAGCCAGAGGGCCACAGAAGAAAGAAGCUAGAGGGCCACAGGGGAAAGAAGGGAAAGAAGCUCGAGGGCCACAGGGGAAAGAAGCUCGAGGGCCAGAGAAGAAAGAAGCUAGAGGGCCACAGGGGAAAGAAGCCAGAGGGCCACAGGGGAAAGAAACUAGAGGGCCACAGGGGAAAGAAGCCAGAGGGCCACAGGGGAAAGAAGCCAGAGGUCCAGAGAAGAAAGAAGCCAGAGGGCCAGAGAAGAAAGAAGCCAGAGGGCCAGAGAAGAACAUUGAGAAACAAGAGUCAAAUUCACAGGAGUCUGAGGGAGCUGUUGGAGGUAUAAGAAAGCCUCCUGGACCACCAUGGACCGCCGCUCCACGACUGAAAAGUGGGGACUCUCCGUCCACGUCCCAGCUGGCGGCUCCCUCGCAGGGCAGAAAGCAGGCCGCCGUAGCUGCAGGGGAGGCCCACAUCACCGUUCUGAGAAGAUCCAAGAGGAUAGCCAGCAGAACGUGA